AUGGAGAACAGUAUUAAAAUUGAGGAUGAAAGCAAACCUUGUUCAAUUAAAUUAGAAAUCAAACAAGAAGUAGAUGAUGUCCCUGAUUUUGUGAAUUUAAAGGACUAUGCUGGGAACUUUGGUAGUGACCAAAACAAGAACUCAAGAAAAGAGUACAAUUUGCAUCAUUGUGUUACCUGCUUGAACAAAUAUAGAAAAGCAGAUUACCUAAAAAUUCACGAAGCUGUUCAUGAUGAAAAAAGAUUGUGCCCAGUUUGUGCUACUAGUUUCACACAAAAGAGAAAAUUCAUUUCUCACAUCAAUGAUCAUAUUAGAUCCAAGAUGAAGGAAGAUAAAGAGAAAGAGUGUGUAUGUACCUAUUGCCAGAAAAAGUUUGGAACCAGGAGAAGGCUUCUUCUGCAUAUCAGGGUACAUACAGGGGAAAGGCCCCACAAAUGUGAAGUGUGUGGAGAACUUUUCAAAGUAUUAGGUGCAUUGAAAAGCCAUCUAGUGACUCAUACUAGGAUAAAAGAUUAUGUGUGUGAUAUAUGUGAAGGAAAGUACACAACUAAUUCUAGUUUGAAUAGGCAUAUGAAGAGAACACAUAAAACAUUAAAUACUUUUGAUUGUAAAGAAUGUGGAACACAGUUCUCUUGUAUGAGAGCAUUGAAGAAUCAUAGAAAGAAAGAACAUUCAGUAAAAGAGAUUGUCAGUGCUAAAUUUAAAAGAGAAUGCCACAAUUGUUCAUUAGUAUUUAAAAACCGGGAUGAAUUUGAGGAACAUAAAAAGAGGCAUUGCAAUAAAAAUCUUACAUAUGAGUGCCUCUUGUGUGGUGAUGUAUUAAUGAAUUUAUCUGAUUAUUCUGAUCAUAAAAGAGAACACAUGCAAUACAGCAAGGAAGAAUAUGAAGAUAAAACAUCCCAGCUAUUCAGUUGUAAAUUCUGUCCAAAGUCUUUCAAAACAAUACAAAAUGUAUUCAGGCACUUGCAUGUUCACAUGGAGAAAACUGAUCAAUGUCACUUGUGCUAUGAUUAUUAUUCACAGUACGGGCUGAAAAAACACCUGAUAAGGUGCCACAAGGCAUUACAAUGCAAAGUCUGUCUGCAAUUUGAAUUGGGGAAACAUAAAUUGUACAGGCACUACCAGAAGUACCAUGCUAAAGUGGUCAAAAAGUUCACUUGCAAGAUAUGUGAGGGGCAAUAUAUGACAAAAAAGGCGCUCUUCAUACACCACAGAAUCAUUCAUGAUAAAAACAAAUAUAUACAGUGUGAAUUGUGUGGGGGUAAAUUUUUCUCCAUGAAAGAUUUAGGGAGACACAUGACUAGUAAUCACCUUAUAAACAAUACAUAUCAUUGUCCUCUGUGUGACGUCACUUUUAAAAAUCGCAAGGAAAUACUCAGACAUAAUUCACAACAUUCAAGAAUUAAAACAGGAAUUAAUGCAUCAAAGUCAGUAAAUCGUUUUAAGAAGUCUCACAUGUCAAAGAAUUAUUGGACAGUAUCUAAAAAUACUCCGAUAAAAUGUCCAAAGUGUAAUAAAACUUUAACAACAUUAAAUUGUUAUAAAUUACAUAACAAAUUUUGUGAAAAUAAGAUAAAAAUAGAAAAAAGUAAGCUCAAGUGUAAAAUUUGCAGUAGAAUCUUGUGCAAUACCUUCUCAUAUAAAAAUCAUUUGAAACGGCACUCCAAUCUGUUACUUAAAUGCAAUUAUUGUAAUGCUGCUUGUAAAAGUAUUGUGGAUUUGAGGAAACAUAGACAAACUUUUCAUCAAGAAGUAACACUGUAUUGGUGUAAUUUAUGUGAUUAUAAUUUCAAAAAAAGCAAUGAAUGGGCCAGACAUCAGAUGACCCAUUUUAGAAGAUAA